AUGUCUCUGCUCAUCAAAGUAGUCGAGGUUGUCAACGGGGUCAUUUGUGACAAAGACGAAAGACCUUUCCAAGACAUCAUGAUUACACACACUGUGAUCCUGGACGAUCCUUUCGCAGAGCCUGAGAACUUGGAAUAUCCGGCAUCCCCCGAAGUUACCCUCGAGAUGCUGAAAUCCGAUCGUAUCGCCUGUUAUGAAGACAUCGCCGAAUAUGAAGGCCGCACAGCAGAAGAGAUCGAAGAGGCGUUGAAGGAGAAGGAAGCGAAAGCUCGAGCGACAGUCUUGGAAAUUAUCGGGGAUCUCCCAGACGCGGACAUGGCACCUCCGGAGAAUGUUCUCUUCGUCUGCAAACUCAACCCGGUGACGAACGAUGACGAUCUCGAGCUGAUCUUCUCGCGUUUCGGAGAAAUCAGAGGUUGUGAAAUUAUCCGCGACAGGAAAACGGGGGAGAGUCUUCAGUACGCCUUCAUCGAAUUCGCCAACAAGGAGUCUUGUGAGCACGCUUAUUUCAAGAUGGAUAAUGUUCUCAUUGACGACAGAAGAAUCCACGUCGACUUCUCUCAAUCGGUCGCCAAAGUCAAAUGGAAAGGGAAAGGGCGAGGAGUCAAGGGAGACUGGUCAGAUGCGAGGAAGUCGCAGAAACGGGAGAGAUCGAGGAGCCCCGACAACCGACAUCGAUCCCACAGAAAGACGAGUCACAAACUCAAGUUGUUCGACCCGAACCAAGAGUUCACGGACCUCGAUCACAUGGCAGGCCAGAUCAAGGCACAAACAGAUGUCAACGAUGUGGAAACCUGCUCAGUCGAUGAAAUCGAGUGUUCCAUUGCCAUCCAAAGGCUGCACCGGCCAGAGCACUCUCUCCAACGUCUUCGAGCCUUGAAUACCCUGGAAACGCGCCCUUGCACGACCUUCGACGAGCUCAUUAACGACCUGAAGACUAUCGAAAACAUCAGACGAGACGCGGCGUUCGUGGGGACGAACCGGAAGAGGGCCGUUCACAAGGUCGAGUUGGAGGAUACUUCAUUCACGGGCAAGUGUUUCGUGACCGACAAAUGUUCCCUCCUCGGACUCGGCUGGCUAAGGAAGGACCCGCACGGAAGAAUCCUGAACUUGAAGUUCAUAUCAAACGCAAUCUCCCAAGUCACGAAAUCUCCCUCGGACAACGCCGACGAAAUGGCGCUUAUGAAGAAAAUCAAGGCGCAGUACCCGGAGGUUAUUGAGGGAAAAAUGGGAACGUGCCUGAAAUACGAAGCGGUAAUCCUCUUGAAAAUGGACGCAAAACUUCUAUUUAAGAAGAUAUUCUUCCUCCGUCAUCCGUCAUUCAUAUCUCAUAUCAUAGUGAACCUCCGAGCUUUUCCCGGAACUGUUCUCGAGACAUGCGAGGUGGCUGUGAUCUGUGAUCUUGUGAUCUGCAACUUCGCUAUCUCGCGCUCUCCCCAAAGUAUUGGAGGUUCUGGUGCCCCUCCAGCUUCUCCAAUGAGUACCCCGACAGGAGCCAAAGUACUCUUCGAAGAUUCCAAGUCUCGACUAGCAGACAAAGUUCAGAGCAAUGUCAAUGGUCUGGGCUCUCUGGCCAGACAAAUUCUGAAAGGUGCCCGAACUCAGCAAACCUUGGCGAACGCGGCGAAGAACUUCGCAGCUCAGGAUGGUGCGAUAAACAACUCGGAGAUGAAUUUGUCCAAGAUGCAGACUUUGGUCGCCUCCAUGCAACUGCAAACAGCAGCUCUCCAGAGGAACGUGCAAAUGAUCCCCGAGCUCAAGCAACAGAUGGAAGACAUGCGAUUCUAG